AUUUACACACCUGACAUUUUGAAAAAAUCACACUGGGUAGUUUCAAAAUAAAAACUUCUCAUACCUCGAAAACAAUGUAAGAGUGGAAGUUCCCAGACAACUUAAAAAUGAUAUCGUCUGACGUUAUCUCCAGCUGAUUGUGUACAGUGCAAAAACGCAAGUCGUUAUCAACCAGGACUAACAAUGCAGCGGGUCAACAUUUAAAGGAGGAUCCUUUAAAGAUGACUACAGAAGACAACGACCAGGCGGCGCAGUUUCGACAGGAAGGCCACGUGGCUUUUGUGGUCGGCUACACUGGGGCGACAGGAAAAGAAUUAGUUAAAGCACUGUCGACAACGUCACUCUUCAAACGUGUCGUGCUGCUCGGAAGACGAAAAACAAACGUCACGGAAAAGCUCGGAAACGAAUUCGAAGAAAUAAUUGUUGACUUUGAACAUCUAGAAAAUCAUGAAGACGUAUUCACAGGAUGUGAUGUUGGUUUCAAUUGUCUUGGAACCACUCGAUCCAAAGGUGGAAAGGAAGGUUUUUUGAGAGUUGACCACGAUUAUGUCAUAAAGACUGCUGAGUUUGCUAAGGCCAAAGGAUGCAAACGUUUCCUCCACGUCUCUUCUCAAGGAAGCGAUAAAGACAGCUGGUUUUUAUACACAAAGACAAAGGGACUUGUCGAGGAGGAACUUCAGAAUUUACAGUUUGAACAUUUAGCGAUAUUUCGCCCCGGGUUCCUGUUGUGUGAACGCGAAGAGACACGGAUCGGUGAGAAGAUUGCUGCUUGCUGCUUCUCGCCAUGCAUUUGCUGCUGUUUGAAAUACUCGGCCAUGCCGACUGAGACUUUGGGACUGGCAAUGGUGAGAAGAGCCUGUAGGCCGAAUGGCACAGUAGAGAUUAUUGAUAAUCCAACUAUUCAUUAUAUUGCUACAUAACGUGGACACUCGAUGAAUUAAAAUAAAAUAAAAUACAGAAUUGUG